GCGGGUGGUUUGAACGGCUACAGCGCGCGCACUCCCCCCUCUACCCCCGGCGACUCCUGGUUCAUACGGGCCCCAGCCUCCCGCGAGCAGUAGUGGGAAUAUGGCCUCUUCAGAUUUGGAAGAUUUAUGCUCUCACAUCAACACAAAGAUUUCAACUAUCAAAAAGACUCUUCAGUUAAGAAACAUGGGUCAGGAGCCAUCCUUGAAAUCUGUGCUCUGUAAAAUAGGGCAUGAGAUGUUUCUCCUCAAUGGUCUCCUGAAUAAAAUGGAAAUAGAAGUUGAGCAUCAAGAAAAACUAAAGAAUUCGCUCAAGGAGAUGCAGGAGUCUAUUAAGAGGGACUAUAAUGAAGCACAGCACCUCCGUGAAAAUAUUCCUCCCCAUCUGCCCAAAGCAAUCCCAAAGUGCACUGUGGGACUAAUUGUGAAGUCUGAAGAACAAAGUAAAGUUGCAGAACCUGAAUGUGUAAAGAAACCCGCAAAAGAGCCAAAAUUUAUUAAAGAAGCCCCUUUAAUAACGGCACAGGAAUUUGAAGGUGUUCCUGCGUACAUGCGGGGUCGUUUAACAUACGAUCAAAUUAAUGGAGUUGUUCAAGAUUUGAAUAAAGCAGUGGUUAGCAAAUAUAAGAUCUUACAUCAGCCGAUGAAAUCUAUGAGCUCUGCUGUCAGAAAUCUCUACCACAGAUUCCUGGAAGAAGAAACCAAGGAUACUAAAGGUGAAUUUUUUAUCGUGGAGGCUGAUAUAAAAGAGUUCACACAACUGAAGGUGGAUAAGCGCUUUCACAGCAUUCUGAACAUCCUCCGGCAUUGCCAGAGAGUGCGGGAAGUCCGUGGUGCACGACUCGUCCGUUACGUUAUCUGCUAAUAUGGUUUUGGACUUGAUUUUGCCCAGGAUGAAGGGCAUAAAUAUUUUGUUAGGCAUAAGGAUUUGUUUGCCUUCAGAAAGUCGGAAGACACUAUACAUAGAAAUUCCCUACUUUGAAUUAUUAUAAGUCUGCUUUCAUGUGCAUUCAUUCUCCAGGAUUAGAAACAUCUGACGGUCUUGAAAUGUUUAAAGUUGUUUUGAUUUUAAUUUUUGAGUUAGGCUACUGUCGUUUGAUUCUGGUGUCGUGUACUGGCCUUUACUCCCAUUAUAAAUAACCAAUCCAAGGUAGAAAUGAAUGUAAUUGACACCCCAAUGGUUGCAGUGGUUUCAUGCGGUUGUCAGGUAGAUGUCUUAGCCACUGUACAAGUGGUGGCCUGAAAAACUGCAUUCUCAGCAGUGUAAUACUGCUUUUUUGUUUAUAAAAUGGAGAUUGUCCUUAACAAUGGAUAAUUGUUUGGGGGUAUGCAUUUCAUUUUGUUAAUGCAUCAAACUGAUUUCCAUUCUUCCACUUUUUGUACAAUCUUUUUCUUCUAACCCUAAAAUUGUUUUGGGGGUUUCCAAAAUGAGCCAGGCAUGCAGCUCUGAAGUGGAUAAAUGCUUCCAAACUUGAUGAUGAUGGUUCCAUAAUCUAUUGGUUUUUCACAUUUCAUCAGUCAGAUUUCUUCUUCAGUCCAACCCAUUUAAUCAAAACAAAUACUAGAACCAUGAUAAUGUAACUGAAAAUUUUGGCUUCUAUUUUGAAAAUAUUUAACACUGAGAGUUCUUAUUCUAGAACAUUGCUUACCCACUAGCUUCUAUAUAACCAAUCUUAGAAUAGAUUUUGUUUUUGCAAUAAAUUCCAAUGUUGCAGGCAGUUAAAGAUGUUUUUGUUUGACAAAAGUUUUGACAAAGGUUAUUUUCCUUCCUUGGGCCUGUACCUGUUAUACUAACCAACUAGUCUAAAAUAGCUUUUUUUGUAUGUUGCCAGUAAUAAUGAGAUAGUUUAAUGAGUGGAAGACCCUGACUGAACCUUGAACUAUUGAAAGGUCAAUAAAGAAGGCUGGGUAAGUGCUCAAUAGGGCUGGAUUUGUUUGAGUCUUUUACUGUCUGAGACUCUGAUACUGACAGGAUGAGAUCCAAGCUGUUGUUUCCAUUCUGCGUAAUACUUGAAUGAAUGUUGUGUGUGGGUCAACACAAAUGCCGUAAGUGGAAAGAGUGCACAAUCUGAAUUUCAGUUUGAGUAGCUGUCAAAUGGGUCCAUCUGUUGUCUUCUUAAAAGUUUAGUGUACAUGAAGUGAACCAGGGAGAUCUGGCUUCAUAGAUCAUUGGCUUAAUUCUUACUGGUUUUCAAAAGCUUUAAUGAUUUUCUCUCUGAAUUUCUAGUGUCUUCUGAAUUUUUGGUAAACUUUAGUCUCUGCACUUGAAAAUUUGUAGUGAUUGUGACAUUAUUUGGCUAGCACAGGUGCAGCUCCUUGGGUGCUAGCAAUGGUGGAAACAUUAGUGUAGGCUCGACCUGUUUAGAGUAAAACAGGGACUGUUUCUUUCUUCUGUAUAGUACUAUGUCCACUCGGCCCCAGCACAGGAUAUGCUCUCAUCUGCUUUACACUGUUGUAUGAGCACAAAGCAGCCCUAAACCCAACAGCCUGCCCCCUAGAGAAUCUCCCCGGUAUAGAGAUAGUUCUCUAGGUUAUCAGAGAGUCACCAUAGUGGCUUCUACUUCACCCUGACUUUUGACUGCUGGUGUAGGUGGAGUGGCUAAAAAAGGGCGCAUGGGUAGGCUAUUUUGUGCCCUAGAUCUUUUGGCAGCUGGUACAGCUUAGAAUGGCCUAAAGAAGUCACUUUAGUCCAUGCCAGCGGACCCGAUAGUGUAAUCCUACAAACAGAUGGGGUAGUGCCUUAGAAGUAAGCCUAUAAUCAAAAGGAUUUUUUAAAAUUUGAAUUAAUGUUUAACAUGUAGCUCCCAGCCCUUAGAAGUCCACCUGCUCUUUAGUUGUUGACCAGAAGCAAUGUGCACAGCACUAUGCAGAACACAGAGUCUCUAUCCUGGGCCCUACCCUAAGGAGCUUACAGUCUAAAACACAUCUAUACCAGAGUUACCCUCACAAAGAUGGAGGACCACAUAGUGGGCACACAGAGGGUUCAUAGCUCUGAGUACUGUUCAGAGGGAAGGGAGAAGUGGGGGGGACCCACAGACUUAGGAACUGAAAGUUGAAGGUUGGGGAGGGACUCAUACUGGAGUGAGCUGACAGGCCAGCUAUGUCUGAAGAGCAGUGCAGGAGAGGGAGGAAGAGCCCUUCAUUGCUCUUAGCUUUCAGUAGCACUUUCAGUCUAGGAUUGCUAACUCCUUCCUCCCAGCAGUCAUUGUGUGCUCUCUUCAGCCUCUCCUACCCUACAUUCUGCAUGUACCUCUGAGGGGUAGCAGAGGAAUAGGUGAGUGGAAGAGCAUACAGUAUACCCUUUGUAUUCUCAGGAGUGUUUCAGAGGAUAGAUGAAAAGCUUAAUAUCCUGAAUCUAUCAUAAAAAUAAAUCACCUCCAUCAUACAAGUCCACUGGCUCCCCAUUCAUUCAUGCCUUCUAUUUUCAAGAUCCCCCUCCAUAAACUCACUUCAGCCUAUCUGGCAGACUUAUAUUCUGCCUUCUCCCUCUGCUUGUCUUGGAUUGACUUCUCUUCUGUCUUCUUCCCACCAGUCCACAUAUUGCUGAGAACGUGUGUGUUUGCAGCUGACCACUGGUGUGAUCCAUUUGGAGCUGCUCUGUAAUAAUUUAUGAAUACUGUAUGUUGACCUGCUUAGUGGGAUGUUUACUGUAUGAAUAGGUUGGUUUAGUUUACAGGGGGCUGUAGAGGAAAACAAGGAAGAAAGAAAAAGAAUGGCUCAAGAUAAGCCGCUUCCCAACAAAUACUUGAGUUGUUAAGAGACAACAUCAGGGCAGGAAAAAUCCCCAGGAACACAGGAGAUCAAAAGAACAGGGGCAGGCUUAAAAAGGAAUACUUUUUCUCCAGGGGAGGGUUGUUCGGGGAAUUUAGGGUCCCGCUUACCAUCACAGAAAGGCAAGAUA